UCGAGUUCAAGCCAAACACUGACAACAGCGCCUACUAGGGUCACAGAAUACGGUGGUCACUACAGUCUAUGGGUGGAACCGCGGAAAUCCUGCAGCUCUUUCCGUUAAACAGAGUGAAUUUUGCGCUUUUGUGUUAGACACGUUAGAUUUAAGUUAAAAGUAAGUACCUGGCUGAUAGGCAUAUCAUUUUUAUUCGUGGAACAAGGUCUGUGUUAUCCUACAUGAUGAGCAGCUUUGAGGCCCAGUUUGUGGAUAGAAACUACGCUGCGCUUAUUCAGAAAGUUACCUCAGUGAUGGCAAUAACAGAUGAACUAAAAAAUAAGGGUAUGCUAUGUGAUGAAAAAUAUUCAGAGAUCAGAGCAGAACAAACCAGCCAGGGCAAAAUGAGAAUGCUGUUUGAAGCACUAAAUUCUGGAGGAGACGGAGUGAAAAAUGACUUUUAUUAUGCUCUGAGAAAUCAUGAACCACACCUCUUCAAAGACCUGGGUUAUUUCAGCUGGAAACACAAGCCUCCUGUUCAUGAUUCCAAAGUAGCAACCAGACAUAAAAGUUGGAGUGAGAUGAUUCUUAAGUAUAAAGCAUCAGUCAUUGAUAAAUGCAAGUUUGUGAUCGAGUGUAAUCUUCCAUCUGUUGAACGUGUGGAACUGACCACCCGUUAUACUGAACCAGUCAUCAUUCAGAAGAGCAAAAAACAAGAUGAGAAAUACUAUCGUAAAUUGGUGAGGUUUGUGCAUCAUUUUGGACAAAAAACAAAACCAUCAUCUCAACUGUUAUCAAAUGACAAGAAUCACAGCAUCAGAAUAGACCAGCUGUUCAGUCCCGACAGUGAUGGAAACACACCGAAAACUGUGAUUCUCAGUGGAGAUUCUGGAAGAGGGAAAUCCUUCAUGUUACAGAAGAUCAUGUUGGACUGGGCUUCUGGAGAACUUUACUCUGAAAACUUUGAUGUAGUUUUUCUGUUGAAGUGUGAAGAGCUGAAGUGUAUUUCUGAGGAGAUGAACUUGUUUGAACUCUUGAGCUGGAGUUGCAACUUAACAUCAGAUCAGAUCUCACAGAUACUAGAGCUAACACCAGAGAAAGUCCUCAUCCUAAUUGAUGGAAUAGAUGAGUUCUCUUUUAAUUCACAUAUUCAGAUAUCAUCACCCACUAAUCCAUCGCAGAAAGCCCUACCAAUGGACACUCUUAGGAGUCUGCUGAAUGGACUGAUUCUGCCUGAGUCUUUCCUGCUGGUUAUCACCAGAUCAGCUGCAGAUACAGAAAUUAAUCUCCUCAAGGGACCUCUGCGUUUCACUGAGAUUAUGGGCUUCUCUGAGAGAGGGGUGCAGGAGUACUUCCAGAAGUUCUUUCAGGAUGAGCAACUCUUCAGCAAAACAUAUGAGAGUCUAAAAGCGAAUGAAAGCCUUCUGACUGCCUGCUCUGUGCCUUUGCUGUGUUGGAUGGUCUGUUUUUGUCUGAAGAAACACUUAACCGAUGACGAUCGUGUGAUGAGAGAACUAAAGUCAACCACCUCCAUAUAUGUGCUCUUUGUGUCCACUCUACUAGAGCAUCAUGGUCACAGUCAGUCUGUCCUUUCCACGCUGAAGAGUCUGGUUAUGCUGGCAGAGGAAGGGAUGAAGAAGCAGCAGGUCUUUCUUGAUGAAAAGUGUGUAACCAAGACUGGUUUAGAUCCAGCUACUAGUGUGUUCUUGUAUAAAGAUAGUUUGAAAAGAAAUAGCAGACAGGUGCCUGUGUUUAGGUUUAUGCAUUUAAGCUUUCAGGAGUUCUUCACUGCUCUUUCUUAUGUUUUAAUGGAUGAGGAAGAUUCCUGGUUGAAAAUAAGAAAGCUGCUUUACAGGGUGGAUUUGGGAGAAAAAAUCUACAGGCCAUCACCAGAAAGAUCAAAUCCCAUCCAUCCCAUUAUCCUGUUUCUCUGUGGUCUCUCAAAUGAGGAGGUGAGCAGCUCACUCUUUGAAAAGAUCAAGUGGACUGUUCCUCACACCAUACAUCUGAAGCAAGAACUGUAUAGAAGUGUUAUUAGAAGGACAACAUUUAAUGAAUAUAACCUGUUAUUUGAUCUGCACUGUCUGUAUGAGCUCCAAGAUGAGAGAUUUGUCAGUGAAGCUCUGAUUACACAAAACUUGAUGGAUCUGUCUAACAUUUCCCUGAGGAGCACAGACUGUUGGGUGCUGCUGUACUGUCUUCAGUGCUGUCCACACAUCAGAGACCUGAACCUCAUGUACUGUGAUUUAACAGCUGAGAAACUCAAGAUUCUUCAGCCAGCACUCUGUGUUAGAGAGUCGGACUUGUUGUCAGUGGAGCACCUGUCAGAAGCUGGAGAUUUGAUCCAGGGUCUUGAUGAAUCAAAAGUCUUGAGCAGGCUGAACGCUCAAGAAGAUAAAUACAGUGCUGAGAGUCCCAGAUGGUCACUUGACCUGUCAGUCACUCAUGGAGUUGUCUUGUUGUCUUUGAGCUCCUCAGAGAAGAAUCCGUCAUUUCCAGCAGUCUUAAACAUCAGUCUUACAUGUCCACAAUCAGAGAUAAUCAGCACUGACUGGACACUCUUCUUACAGAGACUCGGCAAGGCAGGAAAAGUAGCAGAAGACUCUUCAGCUCUUGAUGAGCAUGUCAGUUUGCUGCUGUCUUCAUUUCACUCUGUGGGUUUGAAGACACUGCAUCUGGAUUUGGUCAGUCUGAAUGAGAGCUGGGCUUCUGGGAUCAUUUCCCUCGUCCAGACCUGCACAAGUCUACAGCAGCUCAGUGUCGGUGUCACUGGAUUGCUUUUGGAGGAGGGACUCGUGUUACUGAAGAAAUCACUGACAGAUCCACACUGCACUGUGAUCAUUGAAGGGAGGAAGUGCAGUAAACCCACUGACCAGUGCAAAGAACAGGACUGGAGCCACAGCUGUAACGAGAAAGUGAAGAUUCACUUCAAACCAAAGGUUUUGGAAAAGCUGGAAGAGCUGAACAUCUCUGAACCAUCUGGACUGAAUCUUCACCCGCUCCCAGUGUGUCAGUCUUGUGUUCACAUUGGUGAUUCUGAUCAGUGGGUUCAGGUGGAGCCGUCAGUCUGUACAGAAUCAGAUGAAGGAGGGUCAGAGUUCAGGAUCAGCACUCCGGCGGGUCGAUUCGAGUGCAGCAGGACCAGAAUGCGAUGGGUCUGUGCUGGUGACGUCACUCUCCAGUACCGUGCAGUGGAUGGACGUUUCCUCAGAGCAGAGCUGGAGAGACUUCAGUGUGAGAGAAUUGGACCUGUGAUUGAUGUGACAGUGAUCUCAGGGAAACUGAAGGAGGCCCAUCUGCCUCAUUACGCCUGUUUAGCAGAGUCAGACCCCUCUCUUAAAGAUGAUAUGAAGGUCCUCAGUGUUGAAGAAGAGGGAAUAUCCUUGGAAUCAGUGGAGUUGACUCGUUUUCAUGCCAAAAUACUCCAACCAUAUUUUUCUGCUAAAACAGUGCUUAUGAAACUAGGGAUAGCAGUGAAAGUGCACUGUGAUCUACUGAUCUUCAUGACACACAAAGACCCCAUCAUCCUCCAUGUGUAUUUUUUCCCAAUAGAUUCAGUUUUUGAAGAAAAAAUUAAAAAAGAGAAAAAAUUGAGCCAUCAAAUCGAUCUUCCAAGACCUGAAACCCCAUUACAGAUGAAUAAACAACACAGUCUUGAGGUUCCUGGUGCUUUUGUCCAACCCAAAAAGAUCAAGCUAAAAGGAGACAUCAAGCCAAACUUUUUUGAGGUCAAUCUUUCAGUGGUCGAUGACAUCAAUAUGACUCUCAGCCGAGUGGAUGAUCAGAAAUCAGUCUGGACCGCAAAAAUGUGCAAAGCUUUGUUUGGAUUCAUGGUUACUUCUGAAUCUAAUUUGUUUCAAACUGGACAAAAGCAUAAGACACCACAAGUAGCUGUCAACUUUGAUAAAGUUCAGUUUUUUGAUAGAAAUUGGUGUGACCUUAUUAAAAGCAUUAAGAAUGUGCACGCCAUCGCAGACAAACUGCGUCACAAGCAAAUCAUUCAUGAAGAAUUCUAUACUGAAAUCACUCUUCCGACUUCAACCAGUGAAGCCAACAUGAGGAAGAUCUGUAGCAUAGUGCGUAAUGGUAGUGACACUGUAAAAAAAAUGUUCAUCUCCAUUAUUCUGGAAGAAGAUCCCGACCUUUUAAGUCAUCUGCCUUUACCUGACUCAACCUUUUUUGCUUGACGAUUCUAAAUUGUGUUUUACAUUAUUUGGAAAACUAAACUACAGGCGACCAAUGCACUCGAGAGCUCACCCUACUAUACUGCAGCUUUUGGAGAACAGUAUUUUAGUAAAUCAUGUUCACUGUUAGAAUUAAAGAACAUUCAAAUGCUCUGCUUUUCUGUAAAAAUGAAAUGGGAAAACAA